AACGACUACGCCGUGAUGGGUGGCGCCGCUACCUAUUUGUUAAGUCCGGAUCCGAGUCGAAGGACUGAAGACGUUGAUCUAGUCAUUCAUGUUGACCAUCGUAUGAUCACCGCCGAUCGCCUUACAGCGCAGCUCUUCACAUCCUUCCCGACCGACUUCGAAAGAGUCAGCCAGUUCGGCCACACCAUUCCGGCAUACAAGCUUCGUCGACCUGGAGUAGCAGCUCAGUUGGUGGAGCUGGAAGUGUUUGACCACAGAACUUGGCCGCAACGUCCCCAGUACAACAUCCAGGUAGCUACACGGAGGACACUAAAUAUCAAUGGUCGAGGGGUCAAACUCUUUGGCCCUGAAUGGAUCCUGCGGGAAAAAAUUUUGUCCCAGUAUCAGCGCCAAGGUAGUGCCAAAGAAACAACCGAUAUUCGUGAUAUUAUCAAUAUGAUCCCAUUAGCUGUGCGAGGCAGACCAGAGCUCGACUUCAAUCAAAACCAGGAGUUACAAACCGCCCUAGCAAAUCUUUUGCAAAAGCGACCAGCCUUGGCUCAGACUUUGAAGGCAAAGAUCAAAUGCAGCACUAUUCUCCAAAAUUAGGCAGGACCCUUCUUCAACCAAUCGUCGAGGUCAUAGGCUAUAUAUGAUAGCCUUUUGAGGCAUCAAAAAAAGGCUGCCGAUACUACUGAAACGCGCUACCGAAGAACACUGAAAGGACAUAUAUUUACGAUUUGACCGAACCUAGGUGAAUGUAGUUUGUCUAUGUGUGCGGUAGAUUAUAUGAAUUGCUAUACUAAAAUA